AUGACAUUCGCCAUGCUGCGCACGGCGCCUCCCGCCAGUCGCUUCUUGUACAGCGACAUUGCCCUGCUCUCAGAAGAUGAGGAGGAGAACGGGAGCGAGGGCUCGGGCUCCGAGGAGCGCUCCACCACCACCUCCUCGCACUCCGCCACCUUCCGCCUGUCCUCCACCUCGCCGUCUGCCUUUCACAUCAAGGUGAACAGGAAGAGGAAGCUGUGCGGGGGAGGAGGAGGAGGAGGAGGAGGGGGAGGCGGAAUGGCGAGGCUCGGGCCCCCGGUGCCGUCUUCCUCGGGGCACACUGAGGUCCGCCAGAGGAACGCAGCCAAUGCGCGGGAGAGAGAUCGCACCAACUCUGUCAACACAGCCUUCACUGCUCUGCGCACACUCAUCCCCACCGAGCCCGCUGACAGGAAGCUGUCAAAGAUCGAGACACUACGACUGGCCAGCAGCUACAUCAGUCAUCUGGGAAACGUGCUGCUCCUGGGUGAGGGACUUCAUGACGGACAGCCCUGCCACGCCCCCUCACCACCGUUCUUCCACUUAAACUCCUCCCCCAACCGAGGAUCUGACCAAUCAGCUCAGCCCAAGCACAUCUGUACUUUCUGCCUCAGCAACCAGAGGAAAAUGAACAAAGACAGAGAAAGGAAGACGGCCAUCAGAAGCUAACAACAAGGACGCACGGAUAAGAUGCUCAUCCGACACCUGGG